AGCAGCGAGCUUCGCUCCUAGAGUCGUUCGGGCUGCAGCUGCUGGGGUUGAGGUAGGGGAGGUGGUGCGGGCCAUGUGGCCCACCCUGCGUUACAUGGGCGGUGCCUGCGGUCGGGCCCGAUGCCCCUUUGCCGCGGGCUUCCUCAGGACAAUCGAGCAGCCGUCCGCGGGGCCGGGGCUGCUGUGCCGGGGUGGCCGCAGCUCCAGCACCAGCUCAUUUGAUAUAGUCAUCAUCGGAGGCGGAAUUGUGGGCCUUGCCUCUGCCAGAACACUCAGCCUGAAACAUCCUGGACUUUCGAUUGGUGUUGUGGAAAAGGAGAAAGAUUUAGCUCUUCACCAGACGGGACGGAACAGUGGUGUCAUACAUAGUGGAAUUUACUAUAAACCUGAAUCUCUGAAAGCUAAAUUGUGUGUAGAAGGCGCAGCCCUCAUCUAUGAGUACUGUAAUCUCAAGAGAAUUCCCUACAGGCAAUGUGGCAAGCUAAUAGUAGCUGUUGAACAAGAAGAAAUUCCCAGACUUCAGGCUUUAUACGAGAGAGGUCUACAAAAUGGAGUCCAAGGUUUGAGACUGAUCCAGCAGGAGGAGAUAAAAAAGAAGGAACCAUAUUGCAGGGGUCUAAUGGCUAUUGAUUGUCCAUAUACUGGCAUUGUGAACUACCAACAGGUAGCUUUGUCAUUUGCCCAGGAUUUCCAAGAUGCGGGUGGUUCUAUCUUGAAAGAUUUUGAGGUAAAAGAUAUUGAAAUAGCUAAAGAAAGCCCUUCCAGAAGUAAGGAUGAGAUGAAAUAUCCAAUUGCUGUCAAGAAUACUAAGGGAGAGGAAGUUCGGUGUCGCUAUGUUGUGACAUGUGCAGGACUUUACUCAGACCGUAUUUCAGAGUUGAGUGGCUGCAAUCCUGACCCCCAAAUUGUCCCUUUCCGGGGAGAUUACUUGCUCUUAAAGCCAGAAAAGGGCUACCUUGUAAAAGGAAAUAUUUAUCCGGUCCCAGAUAGCCGCUUGCCUUUCCUGGGAGUGCACUUCACUCCCAAGCUGGAUGGCACCAUUUGGCUGGGGCCUAAUGCAGUGCUUGCCUUUAAGCGGGAAGGUUACAGACCCUUCGACUUCAAUACCAGAGAUGUCAUGGAAGUAAUCUUCAAGAGUGGUUUCAUUAAACUGGUGCGUCACAAUUUCUCUUAUGGAGCAAAUGAAAUGUAUAAAGCCUGUUUUCUCAGUGAAACAGUGAAGCAUCUUCAAAAGUUCAUCCCGGAAAUCACCACCAGCGACGUGCUUCGAGGCCCAGCUGGGGUACGCGCCCAGGCCUUGGACAGAGAUGGGAAUCUGGUAGACGAUUUCGUGUUUGAUGGAGGAACUGGGGAUAUUGGGGAACGUGUUCUUCACGUGAGAAAUGCACCUUCUCCUGCUGCCACUUCUUCCCUGGCGAUUUCUAGAAUGAUUGCAGAUGAAGUGCAGCAAAGAUUUAAGUUAUGAACAAUGAAGGGAGCUGUGUUGACGUCAUAUUCCCUGCACAAGCAACAAGGGUCUACCAGUUGUAUUUUUAAAUUACAACUUAAGGAAAUUUUGGGUUAUAAGAACCAUUGACUUGUUAACAGGACAUAACAUAUAAUUUUUAAAAGUCAGGUUCAUAUUCUUAUGAACAAAGAAGCAAAAUGCAUCUGUACCAGUUCUGAAACCUCGAGUUUGCUAGAGAUUUAUCCAACCCACCAUGAUUUAGGAAGGGCUCCUAUAGAACAUUUUGGAAAUCGGCAUAAAGAAAUAGACUGUUCUCUAAAUCAGUGUUUGCCUUUAUAAUAUUUAAAUUUUUUCUUUCCUGGAAAAAAAAAUGUCACGGUGUAUUAUAGGGGGUGACAUUCUUUUAAUAUGAAGAGUCAGGAAAGCUUACAUUAUUUUGCGAUGUUUUUACCUGGAAACUGAAAAUGCUUGAUUUCAAAAGAAUACAUGAAAUCUCAUAUUUUUAAGUAGCAUAAACAAACUCAACCCUUUACUCUCAGUCUCUGUAAGUUUCUCUAAAGUGGCGUGGCAGCAUCACUCUUUCUGAAUAGCGGCAUACCUGUGUGCUUGUUGCCUACAUUACAGUUUCCUGUGGCGGGAGAUGAGAGUCCCUAAGAGGACCUUUUUUAGUAAGAGCACUGUGCAAUUUUAACCAAUCAUUUGCAUCACACCUCUGUUCUUUGGUCACACUAACGUUCCCAAGAUGUUGGCCAGGAUUACUGGCCUACUUGGGUUUUCAGAAUUCCUAUAAACUUUGCGAGGACAUUUCUCCAUUUUUGGUUACUAUCUAACUUGGAGGCAUUCACUUUUGUAAACCGCGAAAGUGCCUUACAUUCUCCCUGUGUACUUCAUGAACGUGUUGAGUUGAUGCCAAGUGCCAUACCAUAUACUGUGUGUGUGUGGUGUGUGUGUGUGUGUGUGUGUGUGUGUGUGAGCUGAGGAAAUGUGUCUUAGAAUUCACAAAGUUGGAAAAUAGAAAUGUGAGUGAGAAACUGGCAUCCAUGGGAACGGAGCCAGCCCUGAGGUGAGACGCUUCACCCUUCUCUCACAUGCGUUCUCUCAGGGCUGUCUUUUCUUUCCCUCACCAACAGUGUGAUGGAUGCCCGAGAGGGAUGUGUGUGUUGAUAGGAAAAUCCUUUCUCGUGUUUUAUUUUUUCUUCACUUCAGCCCUUGGUAGGAUACAUAUUAUCAUCUUCAGUUCAAGAGGCAGCACCUCCCAGGUAAAUAGAUGAGGCAGUUAUUCAGCACUUGGGACGGGCAUAUUGAAACAUUCAGAGAUCAUUUACAGAGGAAACUAACCCUAAUGGUUCUCCACAACAACAGAUUCCUACAAGAAAUGCACUGCAUGGAGUACUUCUCUGUUCUAAGACUUCUAAGUGAUGCAAACAUGACAUGAAGAUUAUUUUGCUUUGUGAAUGAGAUGAGAGUAUUUUCCUUUUAGAUGUGUGAGAAGUGGGCAGGGUUCUCUGUGUCAUCAUCUGUGAGAUCUUGUGCGCACACACUAAGCUGUGAAAGACUAAAGCUACAAAAACAACUGUCAUGAUUGAAGCAUUCGUGUCUGUAUUGUAUUCUCCAAAAUAACAGAGAAAAUUUUGUUGAAAUAUGUCAGUUAUUGUAUUUGUAAAAUAUUUGAUAUUUAUGUCAAUGGCUUUUUGUUAAGUACUGAUAGAAGAAUUUUGUGUCUUUCUGAGAAAAGAAAAAAUAUAUAUAUAUUAGUAUUAAAUAUUUUAAUGAUC